AUGUCUGAAAUUAUUGAAGGUAACGUUAAAAUUGACAGAUUAUCCCCAGGUGAUGGUGUCACUUUCCCUAAAGUCGGUGAUUUAGUUACCAUCCACUACACUGGUACUUUAGAAAACGGUUCCAAAUUCGACUCUUCCUUGGAUAGAGGUUCUCCAUUCCAAUGUAACAUUGGUGUUGGUCAAGUUAUUCGUGGUUGGGAUGUUGCUAUUCCAAAAUUAUCUGUCGGUGAAAAGGCUAGAAUUACUAUUCCAGGUGCUUACGCCUAUGGUGAACGUGGUUUCCCAGGUUUAAUCCCACCAAUGGCUACCUUGGUUUUUGAUGUCGAAUUAUUAAAAGUUAACUAA